UUCAGCAACAGAUGCCUUUCAAAUGCACACGGUGUCAUAUACUGAGUAAUCAGCCGUUAAGCUCGUGCACAUAUUCUCUUCUUAUAUAGAUGCCGUUUAAGGACUCGGUGCAUCUUUUCGUGGGCUUUUACUUUUAAUCAACAUUAUCUGACGAAACACAGAGCUGUCCAGCGCAACUGCGAAUCAUGUAAGAGAGCAAGAAAUCUGCAGCGCAUACGCGUGUCAAAAGAUGAUUCAUUAAGAGGACGCUGUAAGUUUACGUUGUGGAUUUGAGUUUAUUGCGUCGGUAAAUUGAAAAAAUAUACCGGAAUUCGCAUUGGCAACGCGAACAGAAACAUAAUUACUGGAUUUUGAGACUUAAGUAUUCAGUGGAGGCAAUUGUAUAACUUUGAGGAGGGCUCUGCAGUGCACAUCGCUCACGAGAAAUGAUCAAAUAUCCAGACGAGAGGACGGAGUCAGAAGGAUGCUGUGAGGUGAUGCUGUAACACAUUAAACGCCAUUCAGCGGAGUCAGCGCGUUAUGUUAAAUCUAUGGACUGCGGUUGUGGAUGUAGGCAAGAUGUGAUCGGGCCAGUAUGCGUUGAAAACGGCGGUAUAUCGCGUUGUUUUUUUCUUUAAGAGCUCGCCUCGAUCAAACGUAGAUUCGGGAGCCAGUACCUACACUACUAACUACUAACUCUGCUGGAUUUUACCCGAAGGGAAUAUUCGGACUAGACAGGCUGUUGAAAACCCAUGUGAUACAGACAUUUCCUUCCUGGAUGUGGAUAUUAGGCUGCUUUAUGUUUCCAGCAAAACAUACCAACGUUGGUACAUUGCUCUCCUUAUUAUUUACAGAUUUUGUGUAAGAUUUUUUUUCCUUUAGCCCCCCUUUCCCUUUUUUUGCACCUGCUUUGCUUUGUCAAAGCUCACCGACCGCUUUAGAGAGCGCCUGCCCUUACUUACAUCUCCUGAAAUCGUGCAUGGAUUCUACAUGAAGUGGGAUUUUGUGAGGGCUGCAGUAAUGCUCCCAUUUACUGGCAUCGCUUCACAUCUAACACUGAAAAUAGACUGCCUAUAAAUGUGUGGGAAGAGAAAAUCGGUGGGCAUUAAAUUAUGAAUGUUGAACAAGAUGACCUCUUACCAUCAGCGCCAGAUGUUGAGAGGUCCUAGAUGGAAAGGGGCUUGGUUUGACCCCUUGUUUCUCCUGCUUUUAGCCCUGCAGUUGCUUGUUGUUGCCGGCUUGGUGCGAGCCCAAACCUGUCCAUCUGUAUGUUCCUGCAGCAACCAGUUUAGUAAGGUCAUCUGUACACGCAGAGGGCUAAAGGAUGUACCUGAUGGCAUCUCCACCAACACACGGUAUCUAAACCUUCAGGACAAUCAGAUCCAGGUCAUCAAACUAGACAGCUUCAAGCAUCUACGACACCUAGAAAUUCUUCAGCUUAGCAGAAACCACAUCCGCAACAUUGAGAUUGGCGCCUUCAAUGGGUUGACCAGCCUUAACACUCUGGAGCUUUUUGACAAUCGCCUCACAACCAUCCCAAAUGGCGCCUUUGAGUAUCUCUCAAAGCUAAAGGAGCUUUGGCUUAGGAAUAACCCUAUAGAGAGCAUACCGUCUGAUGCCUUCAGUCGCUUGCCCUCCCUGCGGAGGUUGGAUCUGGGGGAGCUGAAACGUCUCUCCUACGUUUCAAGUGGAGCAUUUCAGGGCUUGAGCAACCUCCGCUACCUGAAUCUGGGAAUGUGCAACCUCAAAGAGGUCCCUAACAUACAACCCUUGAUUCGUUUGGACGAGCUGGAAAUGUCUGGGAAUCAGCUGACGGUAAUCCAACCCAGUUCUUUUAAGGGUCUCAUCCAUCUUCAGAAGCUGUGGAUGAUGCACGCCCAAGUCCAAACUAUAGAGAGGAACUCCUUUGAUGACCUGCAGUCAUUAAGAGAGCUCAAUUUGGCCCACAACAACCUUACCUUUAUGCCCCACGAUCUCUUUACACCCUUGCGCCACCUGCAGCGAGUCCAUUUGCAUCAUAACCCUUGGAACUGUAACUGUGACAUCCUUUGGCUGAGCUGGUGGCUGAAAGAGACGGUACCAACCAACACCAGCUGUUGCGCCCGCUGCAAUUCCCCUCUCAGCCUCAAGGGGCGCUACAUCGGAGAGCUGGACCAGAGCUACUUUCAAUGCUAUGCGCCCGUUAUCGUCGAUCCCCCUGCUGACCUCAAUUUAACUGAAGGAAUGGCAGCAGAGCUCAAAUGUCGGACGAAUUCAGUGACCUCAGUCAGCUGGCUAACACCAAAUGGCUCCGUCAUCACGCAUGGGACAGUCAAAAUGCGCAUCUCUGUCCAAAAUGACGGAUCGCUAAACUUCACCAACGUCACCGUCCAGGACACAGGAACCUACACUUGCAUUGUGAGCAACAUGCUGGGCAACGUUUCAGCCUCUGCUGUUCUCAAUGUGACGACUAUUGACAACAGUGGUUUCAGUUACUUUACUACGGUGACCGUAGAGACAAUAGAAACCCCAAACGAUGGGGACAGUAGGACACCAGUGCAGCCUUCUUUCGGCUGGGCUUCCUCCUCAACCACAAGGGGGACACCGAUUGCCACAGAGAGAGCAUUUACCAUUCCUGUGACUGAAAUAGACAUGGAUGGGACUCUCAAUGGUUUGGAGGAGGUGAUGAAAACCACCAAGAUUAUCAUCGGCUGCUUUGUGGCCAUCACUCUUAUGGCGGCUGUCAUGCUCAUAAUAUUCUACAAGAUGCGCAAGCAGCACCACCAGCAGGAUCACGAUGGGCCGGCCCGCACCAUUGAGAUCAUUAACGUAGAUGAGGAGCUGACAAGGGUUCCAGCUAUGGAGAGUCACCUGACUCUUCCGCCCCUGGAGCAUGAGCAUUACAACCACUAUAAUUCGUACAAAACUGCUUACAAUCACAUGCACACUCUCAGCUCGUUGCAUAGUUCAGUGCAUGAACCUUUACUAAUUCAAGCCAGCUCAAAGGAUAACGUACAGGAGACGCAAAUUUGAUGCUUUGAGUUGGACGAACUAAACUGUACAGACGUUGUUGGUUGCGAACAUGCUGUCAUAAAUUCUUGGAUUACACAAAGACAUUCAGCAGUGUCAUUGAGAGUCUGGAUGUAUGUAUUAUUUUAACAAGUGUCUUUACAAAUCUUAUUUAUUAAAGAUAUGUGAAGUGACUGAAUCAUGAGCCACAAGAUUUUUAUCAUUUUUCUGUUCAUUUUCAAAUGGAGGAAUGAAUGGUUUUCUUUAAUUUGUUGGUGAAAUUAGGAUCAACUUCCAUGUUUAUGAGAGUAAAAAGACAACAGUUCUCUUAUUAUUUUUUUCAUUUUGGCACAUUAUAUCACUUUGCUCAAACAUGUUUUUGUUUUCAGAGAAACUGAAACCUUUAAACAAAGACUGGCCAAUAAAAAACGGACGUCAAACUGAAUGGAGCAUUUAGAUAUGAAUGGCAGGCCUGAUGGAUGCAGCUGCUCUAGUGAGGUUUACAUAAAACAAGCAAAAGCCUUCAUUGUCAGGGCCUGGAAACUGGAAAUAUUUCUAGUUCUUUUAGAAGUCCCACCUUAAAAUGUUGCCAUCUGCUAGGUUAUCAAGUUACAAAACCAUAUACC